AUGAGAGUCACAGCUUUUGUGACACUAGCGACAGCUUUUUUGCCGUCAAUGGUGUCGGCUCUCAAAGCCGUCAAAAGUCUCACGACUUACCCAACCAAGUCGGGCAUCAAGGUCUGGGUGGAUCCAGACACUCCAGCAGGCCUUCAAACGUAUGUGAGCUCCCGAGGCCGUAAAUGGGACCUCGUUAUGAGCGACGAGUUCAAUACAAAAAAACGCAGCUUUCGACCUGGUGACGAUCAUAUAUGGACCUCUCUCGACAAACCGGACGGUGUUAAUGGUGCUCUGGAAGUCUAUUCGCAUAACAUGACGAGUACAAAGUGUGACGACGAUGGCACUUGCUACUUUUACAUUGAGUCUCAAGAUGACGUGAAUGUCAUCCGUGUGUAUAACAUGUACACACACCCUCCUGGAUUCCAGGACGCGUACUUCUUCUACCGAGCUGCUAUGGUGCAGUCGUGGAACAAAUUUUGUUUCCAAGGAGGAAUGCUUGAAGUGCGCGCCCAACUGCCCGGAGCUGUCACAAAAGAGUCUAUGAACCCCGAUCUAGCACUGGGUGAGUUUGGAAAAGUCAAGUCAUCCAAGUUUUACCCAACGUGGCCUGGAAUUUGGAUGAUGGGAAACUUGGGUCGAGCUAUUUUCUCGGCAUCAACAAACCGCAUGUGGCCGUACUCCUAUGACAAGUGUGAGCCGGACGUAUUUAACCCGGAGAACCAGCGCAUUAAUGCCUGCAACGACAACCCUGGCUACGGAUUGAACCCGAAUCAAGGUCGUGGGGCUCCUGAAAUUGAUCUUCUUGAAGGCAGUGGAUUGGUCAUCUCGUCGUCGCUUCAGAUUGCUCCUGGAAUGCCAGAAGACUUUCGUCUCUUCCCUCCUACUGAUGAUGGGGCUAAACAGUAUUGUGUCUACACGUAUGACUGUAAAACACUGGGUGCAAAUAUGAUUGAUGUGCCAACAUCUUACUACAAAAAGAAUCGCGGCCACAAGUCGUGGUACCAAGGUCUUCGUUAUGGGGCAAACAAUUACUGUAAGCCAGAUCCCAAGGCCAAGCAAGACUAUGACACUGUUGCUGCUUCUGUAAAGUCUGGUAUCACGGAGAACACAUGUACUGUUGAUACGUGCCCGGCUUCGCUAGAUGUUAACGGCGACUUGGGUUUUAUGGAUGACACAAAGACUUCUCACUGGGGUAUCAAUUCGAACGGAACAUGUUACACUCUCAUGAACUCGUAUACGGGAGCUUAUCUAUGUGACCCGGAUAACACCCACUCAAAGUGCGCGAAUCCUCGUAAUGCUACGUCACCAAAGUCCAAAUCAAUGAGUGAGUUCAACUACCGGAUGGAUGCUAUUUCGUCAAAUUGGCCAGUUCACUUGGGCGCCUACACUAGCUACCUCAAGUACCAGUUGGAAUGGGUCACUGGCAAAAACGGCUACGUACGCUGGAUGCUGGAUGGUAAUCCGCUUUUCGAGGUGACUACGGAUGCAAUUUCAAAUGUGCCGCAAACAAGUAAAAUGAACAACCCGCAAAAAUUGAUGUCAGAAGAGCCUAUGUACCUUAUCUUUAACGUAGCGCUGUCAAAGGAAUGGGGCACGACGCCUCCAAAUCCGGGCAAGGAAUGCCGUGGCAACGGUACUGAUCCCGUGACGAAUGCAAUCUGCGACUCUUUCCCGAUGUUUAUGAAGAUCGACUACAUUCGCUUGUACCAAGAUCAUGGUGACGACCUCGAGAAGGAUAACUACAUGCAGGUUGGAUGCGAUCCAUCUAGUCAUCCUACAAAGAAAUGGAUUGACGGGCACAUUGAUGAGUUUGUGGACGACGAUAACCCGUGGAAGGAGGUGUCAGGCAAAGCCUUUUGCAAUAAGGAUGACGACUGCACUAUUGCAGGCAGCGUCGGCUCGGUGGAUUUAAAGACUGGAAAGUGUGUCAACAGCCGAUGCCAUUGUACCUACUCGACGUCAUGGGGUGGUCCACGAUGCACCACUGCUUUAACGGGAUCUACAAGUACCAGUGCAAGCAAUUUGUCGCAACGAGCGUACGGCCCGCCUAUGAAUCUGUCUCUAGCUACUGGAAGUGUCAUCGUGUUUGCGUCAAUUAUUUCGGUCUACAUGUCCAUGAAGUCGAUCAAAAAGGAGGAUGCAGCCUUGAUCAAAAUGAAUGCAUAUGCCAAGAUGUCUAACAGCAUUGACGACGGAAAUGGCCAGAACUACUCAACGAAUUUGAGACCUAUGGAUAACUACAGUCAGAACUUUGUGUAA